AUGGAAGACCUACGCAUCACGCUGGACACCAAACCCGGCGCCUCUCUCCAUGCCUCUAUCCUUCGCCCAGCCGGUGAUGAUCACAAGGGCAACCCGCUCUCCAACACCCUUAUCGUCUUUCUCAACGGUCUCGCUCUCCCCAGCGCUGGCUGGUCCGGGGUUAUUGAGCGUUUGAUCGCUCUGCACAAAGAGCACGGGCAACCGGUGCCAACUCUCUUCUCCUACGACCGUUACGGUCAGGGGAAGUCUGAUCCAGACCCUUCCGACAAGGAGUCGGACUUGCCCUACGGCCAUGAUGCCCGCUCCGUAGUCGCCGAUCUCCACCAGCUUCUGACCCAAGUUGUCCAAAGCGAACUAUCUCACCGGCCACAGAACGACGGCGGCGAACAGGAGGCGGACCUUCGGCUUGUUCUAGUGUGCAAUUCUAUCGGAUGCCCCCUGGCCCGUCUCUUCGCCGCCGAGCAGCACAGCAGGAGGCAGAAACAGCAGCCCAGUUUCCACAUCGCAGCCUACCUUUUCCUGGACUCUAUGAUCGCCAACACAGAUUUCGUCUCCCUCUUCCCCGACCCCGACAGCGAGGAUUUCGGCAACGAAACCGACCUCCCUUCGGGUGUCACACUCACCGACCUGCGCCACGCCCGCGCCCAGUUCCGCCGCUUCUUCCAUCCGACUGUGCCGAACCAGGAGCGCUUUGACCGGCGCGGUAUGCGCCAGUUGCUCCCGGAUGCUGAUCAGCCUCCUCUACCCUCUUAUGCUGGCGCGGGGGGCGAGAGUCUCCCGCCGCUGCUGACGGUGGUGGGCCAUGACUGGGAUGAGUUUGCGAGGCAGAGCGAGCAGCCCCCUUUUACCGUCUCUAGCGCUAUCACCAACUCAUACAUGAACACGGCCUGGGGCGCCUACAACGAGGGGCUGACCCGUCUCGUACCGGUCACCAGCCAGGGUAGCCCCCAAGAAGUCAAGAUCGCCAAGGGCUGCGGUCAUUUUGUACAGAAGGAUGACCCAGGUUUUGUAGCAGCCGAGAUCAACGGCAUUCUCGACGCGUUGGUGAGCCGUGGGCAGUAG